UAAGCCUUUUAAGUCUUCAUCGCCAACUUUAAAACUAAUAUAAGGAAUUUACUCAUGGGAAACCGUUAAAGGGACUCACUUUCCGAUGGUGACCCGGAUCUCUUUGGCGUUUUAUUUAUUAGGAAGUCCGCCCGGUCGUCUUUAUAAUGGAAACGUGUGGUGCGAGACGCGCUUACCGUGUGGUUUUCAUGGUCUUUCUGCUUGUCCUAAAUACUGUGAUUGGCGAAACCCUCUCUCCAGACACGGACACCGAUAACCCAUUGAGUACCGAGACUUUUUUUAUCCGAACAACUGGUUUAAAACAAACCUCUUCCUGGCCGGGGAGAGAGGCCACUGCAACAGCUGUGGGUCUGUCGAGUGGACUGGGGGAUAUGACGGACCUUCCCGCCAGUGUGUCCAUCACUAGAGCUAGAGAAGGACAUUCAGAACAACCUUUAAUAAUCUCUACAAAUACAGCUGACUGGAGGAUGACCUCAGACGAUUCCACUGAACGUCUGCAGACUGACAAAGAGCUUGAUGUGGAUGAGUGUGUGAGAAGUCCGUGCCCACAGGGUUCAGUGUGUGUCAACACAGGUGGCUCUUUCAGCUGUGAAUGUGCCCUGGGCUUUGACUUGGAGGAUGGCCGCAGUUGUACACAAGUGAAGACAUUUUUGGGCACUUUCACCGUCAACAGCUCAGUGCAUCUCAGAAGUUCAGGUCUGCAUGAGCUACACAGAGAGAUUUUACAGCUGCUCAAUGCCUCUCUCUCCAUCUUCCAUGGUUACCGACGCUCCACUUUGGGUAAAAGAGAUGGAGAAGGUGUGCAGAUCUUAGCAGUGAACAUGUUUUCACUCCCCACCAAUGUGACCAGCACGGAUGUCUACAACAGCAUCCAGAUGUCCCUGAGCAACUGUAGCCGGACGUACUCCCACUGCACCAUUAAGCUUCAGCACCAUCUCUCCUAUCACGCGGAGAGCCUGUGUUUGGCCCAGAACACCAAGUGUGAUUCGCAGUACUCUGUGUGCACGGACACUAGCGGAACCCCAUACUGUCAGUGCCACCCAGGAUACUUUAAAAAGAAUCCAGGGGACAUGACCUGCAGAGACUGUGGAGAUGGACGCAAACUUGUUAACGGCAGCUGUUUUGAGUGCAUGUUUGGAUUUGGAGGUUUCAACUGCAAUAAUUUCUAUAAGCUGAUAGCCGUGGUGGUCUCUCCUGCUGGAGGAGCUCUUCUGUUGAUUGUCGUCAUUGCCCUUGUAGUCACCUGCUGCAAAAAGGACAAAAAUGACAUCAACAAAAUCAUUUUCAAAAGUGGAGACCUUCAGAUGUCGCCCUACGCAGAGUUUCCUAAGAGUAAUCGUGUGUCUAUGGAGUGGGGCCGAGAGACUAUUGAGAUGCAGGAGAACGGCAGUACCAAAAAUCUCCUGCAAAUGACAGACAUUUAUUACUCGCCUGCAUUGAGGAACUCUGACCUGGAACGUAAUGGUCUGUAUCCGUUCUCCGGCCUCCCCGGUUCGAGGCAUUCCUGCAUCUACCCAGCUCAGUGGAACCCUUCCUUCAUAAGCGAUGAUUCACGGCGAAGGGACUACUUCUGACAGCCUUACUCAGCAGGUGUGCAAUUUGAUACUGCAUAUAAGCUCUCUCUGUAUGGUUGGACCUGUCGCAGAUCUUGGAGCUGAAUACUGACCACUAAAGGCCUUUGAAUGUGAAAAUGAGCUGGCAGGAAAAGACCAUUAUCUGCGAGACUGGAAGAAAGCCACAGAGGCCUGUCGGGGUCAAUUUAGCAUUUGAACAGUCCCACAGUAAGACAUUAGUUUCUGGUGUGGAGCUGAUGAACUGAUGUUCUCGUAGCUCCUCGCAGAGUGUUUAUACUUAAGUGGAAGUCAGUGAAUUUAGAAUAACGCAUAAGAUGCCUGAGCUACAGUAUAACUAUUAUAUUAUAAAAGUUUGCACUAUGAACUCAAACAGAUAUUAUCUCAAAUGGAAAAAGCCAUAAAUGUAUCAUAUUUAUACUUGGAAUAAUGUACCCAACUUGUUUGUACUGAGUUUUGUGAGUGAUGGGGUAUCUAGAUGUCUGUUUGUGUAUGUUAAUCAAAAGUUGGUUAAAGGGAUAGUUCACUCCAAAAUGAAAAUUCUGGUAUCAUGUACUCACCUGAAAAUACCUGAAAAUAAUGUCAAAGCUGCUCUUGUCUUAACUAUAAAAUCUUUUCAGACUCUUUCUCAUAACAUAUAGAUUCAGAAGACAUGGAUUAUACUGCAUAAGUCUUAUUGACCAUUAUCAGGAUGUUUUAUGGUGCUUUUUGGAGCUUAACAGCCGCUGGUCCCCAUUCACUGGUCCCACAUUGUAUGGAAUAGAGCAGUGUGAACAUCAUUUAAAACAUCACCUCUUUUGCUCCGUGUUACAAAAAUGUAUUUGGAACAAUAUGAGGCCAUUAUUAAAUUUUUGGGGUAAACCAUCCCUUUAAUGCUUUAUCUGAGAAAUGUGAGAUUUACGCUGGAGAAUUAAACCUGUGUGAAAGCUGGUAGGACAUUGAAACACAAUAUUACUGGAUGCAGCAUUCGUGUGAAAUGUAGCAAAUAUUGCCACAAGGUAUUACCGUUUGUUUGAACAACCGUAAUAAUCAUAAAACGUAGUGCUGCCUUGUCUGUUUCCUAAUUUAUUUUAUUUAAGUUUUGUGUUUCAGAUAAAGAUACUGUAGUAUUAUCUGAGGACCUCCAAUGUGUUUGUAUGGAUGCUUGGUGGUGCAUGAGACGGACUUGACCUGGUUCCAGGUGUCCGUUUUAUUUGAUCUAAUGUGUGUUCUUGUGAGAUGUGCUUUAUUUGUAACCUUUAAUAUCAGAGACUGCUUUUCUCAUUAGCAUUUUCCCCCUCCUCUGUGGAUGGACACUUGAAU